UUUUUCCCUUUUUUUAUUAUUUCCUUGUAUUAUAUUAUAAAUCAUGCCUGUUCCAAUUGAAUAUAACUCCAUUCGUCGCAUGAGUACAAUUACAGUUCCCAAGCAAGACAUUAACUUUGAUACUUAUGACUUUCAACUGUGUGUUCCACAAAACGACAUCAAGAAUUCAUUUGAAUCCAAAGAUCUUGAAGCCUCAUUCUGUCGUGACUUUGCCUGUUGUGGAUUAGUGUUACAAGACCUCCACGAUCUUUUACAACAUUAUGAAGAGUGUCAUGUUCGUCUUGAAGAUGAUGAAAACAGUUUAUUUGAUGAGGAAGAAUCUAAUUCAUGGUCUCCUUCUCUUUCAUUUUCUUCUCUUUCAUCCGUGGAUGAAUCAAUGCCUAGCAGCCCUAUUAUGGAUGAUCAUGAAUCAAAUAUCGAUACCUUAAAAAAGAGAGCCGCUGCCUAUCUGUCUGAUCUAUAUAACGCCACCUCUGCUUCUUCUUCAUCUUCCUGUCCAGACUCUCCAUUGUCUUUAUCAGAGGAUGAUUUAAGUGAAGAGAGCAUGUCAAAAAAGGGAAAGAAGAGAUCCUAUUCUCAGUAUUCAUCAUCUAAUCCUCCUAGCGCCUUGGAUCUUUUAACUCAGUCUGCCGCUAAAAAAUUAGCUUUAGCCUCUGGUGAUUUACCUACACCCAUGAUGUCUGACGAAGAUUUCCUUGCCCAAGCAGGUGCUCUGUUAGCUUCCGCCAACAACAAUGCCAACGCCGAUAAACCAUACAAGUGCCCUGUCUCUAGUUGUGAUAAAGCAUACAAGAACCCUAACGGACUCAAAUACCAUAACCAGCAUGGUCAUUGCAACUUAUUGAAUGAUGACAAUGACAACAUUGUAUCCAAACCUUAUCAAUGCACAAUUGGCGAAUGUGGUAAGAGAUACAAGAACUUGAAUGGCUUAAAAUAUCACAUCGAGCAUUCCCAUAUGACUGCAUUGAAUCAAACAUUAGCUACCUUUGGUUCUACCUUAUUUCCACCCACAUCUCCCACCUUGUUUUAAAUAUAUAUAUUCCAAACCCCCUGUCAUCAUAACUAACCCCCAAAAAAUCAUCAAAAGUUCUCUUCUUUCCCCAACCCACCCUUCUCUUUGUAUACAUCCACCUGUAAAUAUUACUAUCAAUAGUCCCAAAAUAAAAAAAUUUAGUCUUUGUUUUCCCCCUUUCA